UAGCGAAUGAAGAUACCAACGGUUUAAGACCGUGUAGAGAGUCAGUCUGUCAGACACAGAGUAAGUCGUGGUUAUUCAAUUCAAGAAAUAAAAAAAAAUUAAACGAAACAAUAACAUUUUUUAUUUCAAUGUGUAAUUGUGUGGUGUGUUUUAAAUGUGAAUGUGCUCUGUUUAUCAAAUAAAAAUUUGUUUGGGUGCAAAAUUAUUUGGAAACGAAAAAAGAAUUGUAUGUGCUGUUCAAAUGUGUUAAAUAUGUGUAAUGUACCGCCAAAGUUUUAUCAAGUGUGUCGUCUUUGUUUAUCAUGCCCGUCACUGUCAACCUCGACAACAAAUACACAAGAGAAUACCGAUGAUGAGACACAAACAGACUCUGCAGCUGCAGAUGUUGACAAAAAAGUUAUUAAUAAAUCAAUUUUUGAUAAAGAUGAUACAGAUUAUAAAUGGCAGAAACGGAAUAUUCCAUUUAAAAUUAUGACGUGUCUAUCCAUUUUGGUGUGUGAAAGUGACCCUUUACCUCAUGUUAUAUGUUCGAGGUGUGAACGAACUUUAAACACAUUACAUGGUUUUAGACAGGCGGCGCAUCGUGCUCAGGAACUAUUAAAACAAUUCUUAGCAAAUGUGGCUCAGGCACAUUCACUUACAGAGAAAAUACCAAACAUGUGUACUGACAGUGAUAUUUCCGUAAUGUUACCACCAUUAUCACCUUCAGCAUUUAUGUCACCGUGUUCAAUGUCACCAGCACAUUACAGUAAUAGUAAUAGUCAACCACAUACGUCAUCACCACAACCACCUAGUUCACCAACUCCAACAGAUUUAUCAGUGACUUCAACUGUUGGAACACAGCAUAAUACCGUCAUAACGUCAUCAUCACAGCAACCACGUUCACCACCAUCACCCGCAACCUCAACAGAACGACAUCAUCCCCAAGAAGAUGAUGACGACGAACAAAAACCAAUCUUAACUAUAACACCAGUAAUCAAACAAGAACUGAUUGAAAAUAACCAAACCGAUGAAAUCGAAGAAAAUAACCAUCUACCUCAUCAACAACACCAUACAGUAAUUGUAUCAACACCGAUAAUACAUUCAGCACAAUCACCAAGUGAUACUGAUACCGGUGUUGAUUUAUCAAAACCACCAGAAACACUAACAUGUAUGCCAGAGAUACAUCACUAUUCAAAUUUAAAACGUGGUGAAUCAAUGGAUGCACUUAGUGAUUAUAGUAAUAGUUCAGAUCCAGAACGUUUAGAAGUUGAUAUGUCACGGGUAAAGAACGAAGAUGAUUCGGAUACAACAGAAAGUAGUCCGCCAUCACCAAAACAAUAUCAUCAUCGAACACAUUCUUCUUCAUAUAAUAAUAAUCCAAAAAAUUCAAGUCCUGAACUAUGGCGUGCCUUAUCUGGUGGUGGUAUUAUUGUUGGUGGUGGAGAUACAUCAUCUAAAUCAAUUUCACCACCAGAAAAUCUAGGUGAAGCUGGUCAAUUGUUACGUCGUUUAAUUGCGUGUCGUAAUUUGGGUAUGACGAUUACGCCAGCACCUUCAGAUGCAACCAAUAAUGAUAAUACGUUUCAUUCGAAUUUGAAUUCAAAUGGUGAUUCAAUUGGUAUAAAAUCUGAGAAAGAUACACCGAACACAUUAAAUCUUUCAAUAAAACGUGAAUUAAAAGGUUCAUCUGCACGACGUAAACAAUAUUUCCCAACAAAAGCACCGACCGAAGACCGAUAUCAGUAUACAACAACACCAGAAAACAAUACAAUAAAUUUAUCAUCACUGAGUCCUUGCCAUGACGGUGGUAACACCGGAAUAGGUGGAGUUGGUGGUGAUUCAGAAACAGAUAUAAACUAUGCACAAGCAUGGUGUAAUUAUCGUUUUGCCAAAGGAAAUAAUAAAACAGAAAUAAUAGCCAGUAAUAAUUUAAUAACAAAUAAUAGUAAUAAUAAUAAUAACACGGACGUAUCAAAUGCACGUCGUGUUGAUCUAGCAUGUAGUAAUUGUGGUACACGUACCACAACCAUAUGGCGUCGUAAUAUGCGUGGUGAAAUGGUAUGUAAUGCAUGUGGUUUGUAUUUUAAAUUACAUGGCGUUGAUCGCCCACAUGCAAUGCGUCGUGAUACUAUACACACGCGUAGACGACGUCCAAAGAAUAGUGUGAAUUCAUCGGGUAAACGACAACGAAUGACAACAACUACAUCUUCAACAUCACCAGCAUCAACAACAAAUAAUAUUGUUAUACAAAAAUCACCAGAUACAGACCAAAUGUUGACGGCGUUACGGCGACAUAUACAGCCGCAUUUAAUGUUAACCAUACAAAAUGAACAAAAUAAAUUAACGUCAUCACAUCUACCUGUACAUAAUUAUCCGAGUUUAAUGAAGAUAAACAAUUCACCACCAGCUCAUAAGAUGAAUGAUGAUGACGAUGAUGGUGAAGAAGAUGAUCAAAUCUCCCCAGAAUUACCAUUAAAUUUGGUUUCCACACCACAUAUAACCACGGAAUCAUCUCAUUAGCGUAUGACAUUUUCAUUUGUUAACCAUUUUGGUAGUAUUAUUAGAUUGAUGAUAGCUGGUGUUGGACACGAUGAGAGAUACAGCGGAGUCAACACCAGAAAAUCAGAAAUUUAUUACCACACUUAAAGAAAAACCAGUAUACGAAUUUUUUUUUAA